AUGCCUCCACCGAAAGCAAAGGGCGGCAAGAUGCUGUCGCUCGUCUUGUGGCGGAUACGUGUGACACUCAACGAUAACAGGCAACUGGUGGGCCAAAUGCUCGCGUUUGACCGUCAUAUGAACCUUGUGCUCGCGGACUGUGAAGAAUUCCGGCGCGUCAAGCAGAAAAAGAAGAGCGCAGAUGACGAAGCCGUUCCGUCACAAGAGUUGAAGAGGUCACUUGGACUCGUUAUUCUACGUGGAGAAAUGAUCGUGAGCCUAUCCGUCGAAGGUCCGCCUCCACAGGUCGACGAAGAUAAAAAGACUGGAGCGCUUUUGCCCGGUCCUGGUCGCGGUGGACCUGCUGGUCGAGGAAUGGGUAUGAUGCCUCCAAUUGGUGGAUUACCUCCGGGUAUGGGUAGGGGUAUGCCCUUUGGACCUCCAGGAAUGCCUGGUCUUCCAGGAGCGCCACCCCCAGGUUUCCGACCUCCUGGCGCUAUGGGCUUCCCUCCUGGCAUGCCACCACCUGGCUUCCCUCAAUGA